AUGACGGGGUAUUAUUACAACCCAUCGUUACCGUGCGAAGACCCGGGAGAAGUGGACGCGCUCAAAGCGACGACGACGACGAGAAGACGUACUCAUUCUGGUGACGACGACGACGUUUCGAUGACGAGAAAAGCAGAAGAAAAAGCAUCGACGUCAACGAAAUCUAUCUGGACGACGUCUUCGUGGUUUCAACAACAGGCGGGGCCUCGAGGAGAAGAAGACUCGAAGUCCCUCUCGAAAUCGUUUUCCAACGAAGAAAGAGGAAUAGGGUUUAACGACCAACCGGUUUUGGCGAAUUGCACGCGACCGGAGAACGCCUCCAACGUCGGCGGUUUAGUCCACAACAGAUUCACGGAGAAGAGGAGCCAGAGAAAUCCUUUACAUCCGGUGGAAGCGAAAUCGGUCAACUUGUUCGAACAUAAUCAGAUGUCCUCUGGGAUGCGGUCGAUUUAUAGCAAAGGUGACGGAAGAAAUUCUGCGAAUAUAAGUGCGACGACGACGACGACGGCGACAACCAUGUCUCCGUUCAACUCGAACACGGCGGUUGGUAAAAAAUGUCUGGACGCGUUUGAGUUUGCAAAGAGAGAACACGCGGAGAAGCGAAGAGAACACAUUCGCGCGAAGUUUACGUUUGAUUUUGAACGGAAUAAGUGGACGUUGAACGAACGCGCGUUGGAGAGCGAAGAUGUGGACAGAGGAGCAGAUGAGAAAGACGCGAUUACUGUGGCUGCCGAUGCCGCUGACGCCGCUGUCAAUGCGAACGAGGAGAACACAAAUAACAUCAACAAAAACAUGACGAUACACGUGGAGGAGGAGAUGAACGCGGCUCAAAUGUUGCACAUUCAAACGACUCGAGAAUUGCGAUUGAAAAAGCACUUGCCGAGACAUGAAAGCGCGCUUUUAAGCGCGGCAAAGAAAGCAUCGUCGUCGCCUUCCUCGCCGUCGUCGGUUGUAGAGAAAGCGAGCGAAGAUUUAGAGAGCGCGAAGAAGAAAAAGAAAAUAAUUUCACGAGAAGAAAAGAAAGUGGUAGAAGAAGAAGAAGAAGAAGAAGAAGAAGAACGAGAAGACAUGCUCCAAACGGAUUGGUCGAGAUACGUUCUCUCAUCUGGCCAGGUUGUGUGGGUGGAUACGACAGACGCGAACAUUCUCGAAGACUACGCGGCGGCGAAAACAUGGAUGGGUGCUCAAGAAGAAGAAGAAGAAGAAGAGAAAGAAGAAGAACGUGAAAGCAAAUCGAUUCGCGUCUGCUUCUUUAGCGCUACGAAAGAACGCAAAGGUUUCAUCGACCGCGAUGCGCCCGGACCUGCUGUCGAUCACGAAACAUUCUUGGUUUUCAAGGGCGAUCUGAAGAGUUCCAUGGAACAGCACGAGCGCCAGGAACAAGAUUCAACGGCGGCGACGACGGACGCGAUGGACGUUGACGGACAACAGCAACACGGGAUGAUUGCGGAUAAGUUAAAAGAUGCAGCUAGAUCAACGCAACCGAAAACGAAGGAGGAGGAGAUCUUGCGCGAAAAAUUGAAAGAUGCCAUCAAAAUAAAGUACGCGCAAGCGGACGAAAUACGCGCGUUGCGUGAACGCGUGCAAGAGUUGGAGAACAAACUACUGUCAUGA